GAGGAACGGCGCGGGUGAGCGCGGUCUGACACGCAGGCUGCCGGGCGGGGCGCGCGGAGCCCCGGCCGAGGAGAGGAAGUAACUGAGGCAGGCCCAGAGAGAGGCGGCAGUUCCUUCCCAGCCUGCAGUCACCUGGCAUCUCCUUCCCUUUCUCUCUCCCUGAACACUGAAGAGCUGUGCAGGUGGAGAGUUGUCAUCAGCCCCUUUUGCAGCCGAGUGGCCGAAGAUGGUGGACUACCUGGCGAACACGGAGAUCAACAGCCAGCGCAUCGCGGCUGUUGAGAGCUGCUUCGGGGCAUCGGGGCAGCCACUGGCCCUGCCCGGCCGAGUGCUGCUGGGCGAGGGCGUCCUGACCAAGGAGUGCCGCAAGAAGGCCAAACCGCGCAUCUUCUUCCUCUUCAACGACAUCCUGGUGUACGGCAGCAUCGUGCUCAACAAGCGCAAGUACCGCAGCCAGCAUAUCAUUCCGCUGGAGGAGGUGACGCUGGAGCUGCUGCCCGAGACCCUGCAGGCCAAGAACCGCUGGAUGAUCAAGACGGCCAAGAAGUCCUUCGUGGUGUCAGCCGCCUCCGCCACCGAGCGCCAGGAGUGGAUCAGCCAUAUCGAGGAGUGCGUGCGGCGGCAGCUGCUGGCCACGGGCCUCCAGCCCAGCACGGAGCACGCGGCGCCCUGGAUUCCCGACAAGGCCACGGACAUCUGCAUGCGCUGCACGCAGACGCGCUUCUCGGCGCUCACCCGCCGGCACCACUGCCGCAAAUGCGGCUUUGUGGUCUGUGCCGAGUGCUCCCGCGAGCGCUUCCUCCUGCCGCGCCUCUCACCCAAGCCCCUGCGCGUCUGCAGCCUCUGCUUCCGCGAGCUGGCCGCCCAGAAGCGGAAGGAGGAGGCGGAGGAGCUAGGCACCGGGUCCGCCGGGCAGCCGGCUUACCUGGCCGGGGCCGUCUGCGGAGCGUCCAGUGGAGACGACGAUGACUCGGACGAGGACAGGGAGGGCAGUGGGGAUGGUGACUGGCCCAGCCGCGUGGAGUUCUACGCCUCGGGAGUCUCCUGGUCGUCUUUCCACAGCUGACCCCGGGUCUGCAGACAUGCGGGAGGGCUUCCCUAGUCACUUCGGCAUCCAAGCAGAUGCCACUGACCGACCGGGCCCCUGAGAGGGCAGAGUUCCCCAAGCUACCCAGCACCCUGCCGGGCCCUUCCCCGUGGGACCCUACCCCACGGGGUGGUGGGCACAGCGGAAGUGGCUCCUUUUCUCUGAACCCCCAAUGCCUCAUUUUGGAUACUGGCGUCCUUCUAGUUCCACUUCAGGUAAUUACCUUUUCAUUCAGCAAACCCAAAAUACUUAGGCCUCUUGGGAACAAAUGUCAUUUCUCGGCCCUUUGAGCUGUUGAUCCAGAUGAUCCCUUGAAUUACACAACCUCAGGCAGCUUUAGGGACCAGAGAGAAGGUUGCACUGGAGUGAGGUCCCCUCUUCUCUGAGGCCUUGAAUCACCAGACCUGGCCCCGCCCCCCUGCAGGAAAGACUGGGUUUCCUGAGAGGCCUCCAGGAAACCAAUGCCUGCCCACCUACCUUGCUGAUGCCCACCUGCCUGGCUGGCUGGGCCUUGUCAAGGCAGGCAUGUGGGCUCACCCAGAGCCAGGCAAGAGACUGCCAUGCUGUGGGUGCCCGCCAGGCCCAGGAACUGCAGCCUGAGCGCCCCAUGGUCCAGAGUGGCCUGCCAAGCCCUCUGGCCCAGUCUCACUUCCCUCCAGGUGUCUGAUGCCUCUCAGUCCUGUCCUCAUCCCUCCCUGUGCUGGAGAAAGCAGUGUUUUCUGUUAGGACUCUUAAUUGCAAGUGACAGAAACUCUACCCAGACUGACUUAAUAAUAAAAAGAAAGUUUAUUGACUCA